UUUUUGCAUAAACAAACAAUCGACGACGACGACGACGGAAAAAACUGAGAAACACAAAAAUUUAUGCAUUACCAUAAUUAACGCAAUUGAUGGAUCGAAACAAACAAACAUGCCAUUGGCUUUGAUUUACGCGGCUGUUCCUGAGUGAGAGCAAGUGUGUGGUUAAUCAUGCCAACUAACAUAAUUCGAAUUUAAUUAAGCCAACUUGCAAAUAAAAAGCAUCGCAAUGAAAAUGGAAGUAACCAUUCAGCAGCAAUCGACGCCUACGUUAACGACACACCAGCAAGCCGUGACACCCCAAAGUCGCAGCGGAAGUCGGACCAGUUCAAAUAACGAGCUCGAAAGUGACUUGAUCGAAUUGGAAAUUGGCGGCGGUGCAAAUAACAAAAGUAACACGCUGAAAAAGAGGAUCUCAAGUAGUCGAACUCCGACGCGGAAAGCAAAACGAAUUAAAUUUUACCGGAAUGGCGAUCGGUUUUAUCCGGGCAUCACGAUUCCGGUUUCCAAUGAGAAAUAUCGCUCGUACGACAGUUUAGCGGAAGAUUUGACGCGAAUUCUAGAAGGAAAUGUCACGUUAACCGGUGCUAUUAGAAAUAUUUAUUCCGUAGAUGGCAAAAAGAUUGAUAAAAUUGACGACCUAGAAGACGGUAAGAGCUAUGUGUGUUCCUGUAAUAACGAGAGUUUUAAGAAACUAGACUACAAUAAUCUGCAACCUGUGGUGAAUGUAAAAUCAGCAAAUCGAUUACCAAAAGUAAUUCGUCCAUCAUCUCCGCUCCGGAAUGGAACAAACGGCGUCACGCCAACGGAAGCGAAGGUGUUACGCAAUGAACGUGAUAAUGUUGUACAUCCGCGAAUCGUUACCUUAAUCCGGAACGGCAUCAAGCCCCGGAAAAUCUUGCGCCUGCUCCUGAACAAGCGCAACAGUCCAAGCUACGAACACAUUCUCGGUGCUAUUACGCAAGUCGUCAAACUUGACACGGGUUGCGUGAGAAAAGUUUUCACUUUAUCCGGACAACCAGUUCUCAAGCUAGCCGACUUUUUCGAUCAGGAAGAUGUUUUCUUCGCCUAUGGGAACGAACGCGUGGGUCCCGACGACUUUGAACUCGAGCCGGAGGAAAGCAAGGCGAUACGACAAACACGCAAAUCACUUCGGAACGGCUCCAUCCGCAACGGACCUAAACCAAAAAUGCCCGUUAAGAGUCACAAUGACACGUUCGUUUGUGUCGACGAUGAGCUUCUGAAUGGCAGUAUACGAGCAGAUUCACUGCCACACGAAAUCCAAAGUCAGUAUUUGCUUGGAUCCAUAAUUGGCGACGGGAAUUUCGCAGUUGUGCUGAAGCUAAAAGAGCGAAAUACCGGAAAAGAUGUCGCUCUUAAGAUUAUUGACAAGUCCAAAUGUAAAGGAAAGGAACAUUACAUCGAUGCUGAGGUCCGUGUCAUGAAAAAAUUGCAACAUCCACACAUCAUCCAGCUUCACAUGGACAUCGAUACCCCGAAAAAUAUGUUUUUGGUACUUGAAUUAGUCAAUGGAGGCGAUUUGUUUGACGCAAUUACACGUGUGACGCGUUUCAGCGAGAACCAGGCUCGCAUCAUGAUCAAACAUUUGGCUUCGGCGAUGGCUUAUCUUCAUGCAAUGUCCAUCGUUCAUCGUGAUAUUAAACCAGAAAAUUUAUUGGUUGAACUAGAUGAUAAGGGAAACGUAUUGGUGCUAAAACUGGCAGAUUUUGGACUCGCUUGUGAAGUAACUGAACCCUUGUUAGCUGUUUGUGGCACUCCGACCUACGUUGCGCCCGAAAUUCUCAUGGAAACGGGUUACAGUCUCAAGAUUGACGUUUGGGCAGCUGGCAUCAUUCUCUACAUUCUCCUUUGCGGUUUCCCACCAUUUGUAUCGCCCGACAAUCAGCAAGAACCGCUUUUCGACGCAAUUCUGUCGGGAGUUUUUGAGUUCCCCGAACCUUAUUGGGAUGGAAUUGGCGAGGGAGUUCGCGAUUUGAUCAAUAACAUGUUGCAAUCGGAUCCGGAUUUGAGAUUCUCGAGCGAAGAUGUCUUGGAUCACUUUUGGCUAAUGGACGACGGAGGACAACAUUUGUUUAUCGAAGAGUAAAUUUUUAAUUUUUCGAGGUUAGUAGAGCGAACAAAAGAACAAUAUUGAAGAAAAAAAAAACGACAACAAAAGCACUGAUUUUUUAUCCAAUACUAAAAUAACGUUAAAAAUAUUUUUGAAUCGAGGGUAUUUUUUUAAUAGAUGAAAAAAAAAAUAAUUAAUUUAGCAGCGGGAGAGAUAUACGAUCAAAGUGACUUCCAAAAAAAAACAAAGAAAAAUUAGGAUCUUAGUGAAUAAUUAGCAAAAAAGACAGAAAUUUAAGACCUCUUUACCCUCCUUUUUCUAUUCCAUCAAUAAAUUUAUGUAUGUACUGUAAUGUUAAAAAAAAUCUUCCAAAAUUAAUCAUCACUACCCACUUUUUUACUCUUUGAAAAAAAUUAUUGCAUUUCUAAAUGUAUUUGUUAGUUGAUGCUCAAUCAAGUUACUUUUAGCGGAUAGUUCUUUUUUUUUGUUAGGCGUUAAUUGGCUGCAAUAUUAAUAUUAUUACUAAUUAUUUAUCUGUUUUAUUUAUCUUUUAUAUUAAUUCUUAAAAAAAUGACAAAAAUUUAUUUAAAAGCUUUUAGUUCCAAAAAUUUCUUA